AUGCGAUUCCUGGGUAUCCGGAUGUGCGUUCUAUUGAUGGUUCUUGGUCGUAUGUAUACGGUUCAUCCAAAGAAUGAUGAAUGUUUCUAUUUGCGGUUGUUGCUGGUAAAUGUGGGUGGGCCAACGUCAUUUGAGACACUACGGACUGUUAAUGGUGUAAUAUUCCCAACAUAUCGUGCGGCAUGUGAAGAACUGAACUUAUUAGAAAACGAUACCCAUUGGAAUACGACAAUCGCUGAAGCCAUUAUCUCUGCAUCUCCAAGUCAGAUACGCACAUUAUUCGCUAUCAUAAUUUCGACAUGCUUCCCAUCAAACCCAUGUAACCUGUGGCACAAAUAUAAGGAUAAUAUGUCAGAAGAUAUUUUACAUCAAAUUCGUAUCACUUCCAGAAAUCACGAUGUUGAGAUGAAUGAGGAGAUACAUAAUCGUGCUUUACUCUUGAUCGAAGAUAUGUGUUACCUCAUGUGCGGUAGUUUAUUAAUCAGGUUAGGAAUGCCAGCGCCCAAUCGUGAAAUGAAUGACGUAUUUAAUCGAGAAUAG